CCACAGUGCCACGCGCGGCGGGGAACGCCCUGCGGCUGCGCGGCGGCCCAGGCGCCGUCGGGCUGGGCGGUGGCUAAGUAGACGGGUUACCGGCCUGAGUCCCGGUGGAAGCGACGCGAGCCGGGCCGCGGCCACCAUGUCGGUACCGUCCGAGGAAGAGGAGUACGCGCGGCUGGUGAUGGAGGCGCAGCCCGAGUGGCUGCGCUCCGAGGUGAAGCGACUGUCGCAUGAGCUGGCUGAGACAACGCGCGAGAAGAUUCAGGCGGCCGAAUACGGGCUGGCGGUGCUCGAGGAGAAGCACCAGCUCAAGCUGCAGUUCGAGGAGCUCGAGGUGGACUACGAGGCCAUCCGUGGCGAAAUGGAGCAGCUGAAGGAGGCAUUUGGACAGGUACACACAAACCACAGGAAGGUGGCCGCAGAUGGUGAGAGCCGAGAGGAGAGUCUGAUCCAGGAGUCAGCCUCCAAGGAGCAGUACUAUGUGCGCAAGGUGCUGGAGCUGCAGACUGAGCUGAAGCAGUUGCGCAAUGUGCUCGCCAAUGCGCAGUCGGAGAGCGAGCGCUUGGCCUCGGUGGCACAGGAGCUGAAGGAGAUCAACCAGAAUGUGGAGCUCCAGCGGGGCCGCCUUCGGGAUGACAUCAAGGAAUACAAAUUCCGGGAGGCCCGCCUGCUGCAAGACUAUUCGGAGCUGGAGGAAGAGAACAUCAGUCUGCAGAAGCAGGUGUCUGUGCUCAGGCAAAACCAGGUGGAGUUUGAGGGCCUCAAGCAUGAGAUUAAGCGUCUGGAGGAGGAGACUGAGUACCUCAACAGCCAGCUGGAGGAUGCCAUCCGGCUCAAGGAAAUCUCAGAGCGGCAGUUAGAGGAGGCAUUGGAAACCUUGAAGACAGAGCGGGAGCAGAAGAACAGCCUGCGCAAGGAGCUGUCGCAUUACAUGAGCAUCAAUGACUCUCUCUACACCAGCCACCUGCACGUCUCCCUGGAUGGCCUCAAGCUCAGUGAUGAUGCUGAGGCCCUGGCCAAUGGCUUUGAGCACAGCGGCUUGGCCAAGCUGCCACUGGAUAAUAAGACCUCUGUGCCCACCAAGGAUGGCCUGGCCCCACCCUGCCCCAGCCUUGUGUCUGACCUCCUCAGCGAGCUCAACCUUUCUGAAAUCCAGAAGCUGAAGCAGCAGCUGAUGCAAAUGGAGCGGGAGAAAGUGGGCCUGCUGGCAACACUGCAGGAUACACAGAAACAGCUGGAGCAGGCGAGGGGGGCCCUGUCAGAGCAGCAAGAGGAAGUGAACCGCCUCACAGAGAACCUGAGUGCUCUGCAGCGCCUGCAGGCUGGCAAGGAGCGACGCACGGCCUUGGAUAGUGAGAAAGAGCGUGACAGCCACGAGGAUGGUGACUACUAUGAGGUAGACAUCAAUGGGCCUGAGAUCCUGGCCUGUAAGUACCGUGUGGCCCUGGCAGAGGCUGGUGAGCUCCGGGAGCAGCUGAAGGCUCUGUGCAGUGCACACGAGGCCAGUGAGGCUUGGCACGCUGAGGAGAAGGGUCGACACGAGGCUGAGAGUCAGGCGCUCACUGAGAAGGUAUCCCUGCUGGAGAAGGCCAGCUGCCAGGACCGUGAGCUGCUGGUCCGGCUGCAGACAGAGCUGAAGAAAGUCAGUGAUGUUGCAGGUGAGACACAGGGCAGCCUGAGUGUGGCCCAGGAUGAGCUGGUGACCUUCAGUGAAGAGCUAGCCAGUCUCUACCACCAUGUGUGCAUGUGCAACAAUGAGACUCCCACCCGUGUUGUGCUGGACUACUACCGAGAGGGCCCAGCUGGUGCAGGUCGCUGCAGCCCUGAGGCCCGUGGGCGCCACUCACCUGUCCUGCCCAAGGGGCCGGCAGCUGCUGAGGGUGGGGCUGGGGACAGCAACCCUUCACCUAGCUCCUCCCUGCCCUCACCUCUGAGUGACCCACGCCGGGAACCCAUGAACAUCUACAACCUGAUUGCCAUCAUCCGUGACCAGAUCAGGCACCUGCAGGCAGCUGUGGACCGUACCACAGAAUUGUCACGGCAGCGCCUGGCCUCUCAAGAGCUGGGCCCCGCUGUGGACAAGGACCGAGAGGCACUCAUGGAAGAGAUCCUCAAACUCAAGUCACUGCUCAGCACCAAGCGGGAGCAGAUCACCACGCUGCGCACGGUGCUCAAGGCCAACAAGCAGACAGCAGAAGUGGCCCUCGCCAACCUGAAGAGCAAGUAUGAGAAUGAAAAAGCGUUGGUGACCGAGACCAUGAUGAAGUUGCGCAAUGAACUCAAAGCCCUCAAGGAGGAUGCAGCCACCUUUUCCUCCCUGCGUGCCAUGUUUGCUACCAGGUGUGACGAGUACAUCACACAGCUGGACGAGAUGCAAAGGCAGCUGGCAGCCGCCGAGGAUGAGAAGAAGACACUCAACUCGUUGCUGCGCAUGGCUAUCCAGCAGAAGCUCGCACUGACCCAGCGACUAGAGCUGCUUGAGCUGGACCAUGAGCAGACCCGGCGGGGCCGCACCAAGACCACCUCCAAGGCCAAGCCCAGCACCCCAAGCCGUUGCGUGGUACUGCGUUUUCUGAAGUUUCCUCCAAAUAGGAAGAAGACCUCGGAAGAAAUAUUUCAGCACCUGCAGAACAUAGUGGACUUUGGCAAAAAUGUAAUGAGAGAGUUUUUGGGGGAAAACUAUGUUCAUUGUGGGGAAGUUGUUCAGCUGCCUUUAGACUUUGUGAAACAGCUUUGUUUAAAGGUACAGUCUGAAAGACCAGAAUCUCGCUGUGACAAGGACCUGGAUACUCUCAGUGGUUAUGCUCUGUGCCUUCCCAAUUUAGCCAGACUUCAGACCUAUCAUUUUGCUGAGCACCGACCAAUUCUGUGUGUAGAGAUCAAGCCCAAAUGUGGGUUUAUUCCUUUCUCCAGUGAUGUUACACAUGAGAUGAAACAUAAAGUGUGCCGUUACUGCAUGCACCAGCACCUCAAGGUGGCAACUGGGAAAUGGAAACAGAUAAGUAAAUACUGUCCCCUUGAUCUCUACUCAGGAAAUAAACAGAGAAUGUACUUUGCUUUGAAAAGCUUGUUGCGGGAGGCACAGAACAACUUAAAGAUAUUUAAGAACGGGGAGUUGAUUUAUGGCUGCAAAGAUGCCCGCAGCCCUGCGGCUGACUGGAGUGAGCUGGCGCAUCACCUGAAGCCCUUCUUCUUCCCAUCCAAUGGCCUGGCCAGCGGGCCUCACUGCACGAGGGCUGUGAUCCGAGAGCUGGUGCGUGUCAUCACUCGGGUGCUGCUCAGUGGCUCGGACAAGGGCCGGGCGGGUGCCCUAAGGCUGGGGCCCGGGUCACGGGGCCCAUGUGUCUGUGAAGCCAGCCCUUUCGGCAAGAGCCUGCGUCACCAAGGAAAAAGCAGCCUGGAGCGCUCGGGGUUACCGAAGGGUUGUCUUCUGUACAAAACCCUCCAGGUGCAGAUGUUGGAUCUGCUGGACAUCGAAGGUCUCUACCCUCUGUACCGACGAGUUGAGCAGUACCUGGAGGAGUUUCCCGAGCAGAGAAAAACAUUGCAAAUAGAUGGACCUUACGAUGAAGCAUUCUACCAGAAGUUGCUUGAUCUUUCUACUGAGGAUGAUGGGACAGUGGGCUUUGCACUGACAAAGGUUCAGCAGUACCGGGUUGCCAUGACUGCAAAAGACUGCUCCAUCAUGAUCGCGCUGUCCCCUUGUCUGCAGGAUGCAAGCUCUGAUCAAAGGCCCAUCGUCCCUUCGUCAAGAUCCAGGUUUGCCUUCUCCGUGUCUGUGCUGGACCUUGACCUCAAGCCCUAUGAGAGCAUCCCUCAUCAGUACAAACUGGAUGGCAAGAUAGUCAACUACUAUUCAAAGACUGUACACACCAAAGAUGCCACCAUGAUGUCGACUAGGUUCAAGGAAAGCGAAGAUUGCACAUUAGUUCUCCAUAAGGUCUAACUUCCUUCCUGUGGUGUCUUUGAAACUUGAAGAUAGAAUGUGAAGGUUGAAUGAUAGAGCUAUUUUCUCUUGUGUUGGGUGACUUUUGGCUGUGAAUGUUUUUGCUUUUUAACCACUGUUGAGGUGGGGCUGCUUCUGGGAGAUGUGGAAUGAAAGAGUACUAGAAAUGGACAAGGAAUGUGAGAUGUGAGCCCUGUGGUAUGCUGUGUCUCGGGAGGCCCCUCUGGGCAGUUCUUCCUUCCCGCCCUGGGCUCAUGUCUUAUCUCUAAUACAAAAAGCCUUAUUAUAAGACCCAAGGUUUGGAUCUCCUACCACCAGACUCCUGACAUAAAAAACUUGAAUUGUCAUGUACAUCUUAAAAUUUGGACUUUUAAGAAAAGAUUGAUACUACUGGAACUUGCCCAGCUGAGUAACUUGGUCACUUUUUUUAAUGCAAGCGACACGUCAGCACAGUUAAGUGGUUCCCUGCUGCAGAGAGUGAUGGAUUGCUGGUGCAGACAUCCGUUCUGAGCACUGUGGACUUGGGGUCCCUGUGGAGGUGCCGUGGCCGCCAUUCUGCACAGGGUUGGCAGGGAUCGCAGGACUCAGGUCAGGGGUGAACACCACUCAUUCGAGCAUUGACUUGCAUUCUUUUUUUGUUUUGUUUUUUUACAGAAUGAUUUUAACUUUAGGGGAGACAAGGGAUUCUUUCCCACCUAAAAUUGCUGCUGUAGAAGCUGGAAGCAGAGCUGUACCACUGAGCUGCUGUGCCCAGGGUGGGUGUCAUGGGGCAGCAGUGUUCCUUCCAGCUCUGUGUUCUUGGCAUUUUGGGGUGUUUGGGGAAUCUCAGCCAGCUCUCCAGAGCCAGCACUGAGUUUUCUCUCCUCUCGGUACCUGUUGCUCUCUCGGGUUUCACUAAGAUGCAUGGUGUUUGCAGCCUCAAGUGGUGCUGGGCCACCUCCCUUCUGCAAGAUGAGUAACUCCUGGCUGGUACCAAGAGGGCUCUUGUUGGGGUCACCCAAAGUGUGCCUGGCUGCUAUGGAAACUGUUGGGAAUCUUGGCUUCAGUUUUUUAUUCUAUGGUAGGUUGUACAGAUUUGAUUAUUUAUAUCAUAUUGAGGGACUAAUGAAGGCUUAUUGUAACAUAUUAUAAUAUUAGUGAAAACAUGGAAUUAUAUGAAAAUGCUACAUGAAAAAUAAGAAUAUUUUGCUGAUUGUAAAUUUUUGUGGGGAAUUUUGCGAUAACUUGAGAAUUACACGUUUGAAUCAAGCCAGCUCUUCUAGAAUUUAUUCUUCAGUUCUGCACUAACAUUUACUUCUUACUUCUAUACUCAGAGAGUCAAAAAGAUACUCAAAUGACACACACCUUUCGUCAUGAGUGUGUUGAGGUUUGGGGGCUUUGGAGACUCCAUCUCUAGGGACAUGUGGAUCUGCAUUCUCAUGGGCGAGUUACAGGCUCCAGAGUGUGGGGAGGGAAGCAGCUGUCAGUGUUGUUUUGGCUGGAGGUUAUUCCUUGGUGCUGUCCUGGGACAGGGGAUGGAGUGCAUGGGACACAACGAUGACACAUGGACAUGGUCUUGCCCAGCACUACCGUCCACAGAGGACCCUGGGUCCCUGUGCACAGAGCUCUGGAAUCCCAGCCCCUUGAGGAGGCUGGCUGGGCGGUGUCCCAGGGUCCAUCCCAGCCAGACUGGACAGUCUGAAACGUGGAGUAAGAGCAGCUAGAUGAGUGCCCCCUGCUAGGCUGGCCUUAGUCCAACAUUGCUAUGCUCACUCCACUGCAGCCUCUACCCUGACUGCGGUGUUCACUUGAUUGAAACAAUGUUUUCACCAGUUCUAACAACAUUUUAAAUGGGUGACUGAAGUCAGGGCAGCACUUAGACUCUGGGGGACUUACACAACAGCCCUGUUUCUUCUGUGCAGAGGGAUGGGGGUACUAAGGCCCUGUGUGAGUGAACAAUGCAAUCUUUGCAGUCUUACUGCGUUUUUAAAGCUCAUGCUUCACUUUUUUGUGGAAGACCAAGAAGAGUGACCAUCAGAGGACUCUUGGAGAGGUGCUUUGAACGCCUCCAAUGGCUGCUUUCCAGAGCAGGGAGGUGAGGAGGAAGAUACAUCUGAGGAAUGUCUAAGGAAUAAAGCUCCAAGAGCCCCCAGGUGCUGGGCAGCUGCCUCUGCCCUUAGACUGGGUGCUGGGCAGGGGUGGGGUGGGGUGGGGUGGGAUGAUGACACAGCUUCCCGCAUCCAAGGACAGACACCCACUCUUGUACUUUCUCAAAUAUUAACCUUAUUUUUAAAAAUAUACAUAUCAUUCGUUUGGCAUUUUGCAUUUAAAUAGCUGUAUUUAUUUUUUGUGUCCUGACAGUUUAUAUGUAAUGUGCCACAACUGCUUAGACAACAUGUUCUAAAGGUAUAGUUUCCCAGUGGAAAAUAACAUGUUUAUAUUCAAUAAAAUCACAUGCCUUCUGGUGCA